CAAUAUCAGUUGUUUAUGAAUGAUGAAAGAGUUGAUAGUUUUAUUUGUUUUCGUAAUUUUCUUCAACGGUUUCGGAUGUCAAGUUUAUUACCAACCGGUUCAAGUUCUUAUACCGACCGUGAAUGGAUCCGUAGUUGGGAAUAGUUCCGUUUAUAAUAUCACACCGGCUUUCAAACCGCCGCCCCAAAAUGUCUAUUACUCGACCUACAACAACAAACAAACAAAUUAUUCAAACAACAACGGCAGUCAGGACGGCCACUUAUUUUUAGGAUCCAUCCAAGCUUUCGAUCGAUUGUUGUACCACCAGGAAUUUACAAAAACGGGACGAUUCUGGAGCGGCAGAGAAAAAAUAAUCGAAUACCCCAAGGAUUUACCAGCUGGUUAUUCGAGACACGAAACCAUCAGCGCCAUAAGAGUCUACAACCAAUUUUUAGACGGACACGGGGCGAAGGCCGAACUUUUGGACGGGGGUAUAGGAAGGCAAUUGGUAAAAAUAAAAUUAACUUCACCAUGGGGCAUGGGAUUUAGAUAUAGAGUACAAAUUUACGGUCGAUAAAAACCUGUACAAAAAAAAAUAAUUAUUCACGCAGUUAUUUAUUGUUUUAUGUUGAUUAAAAUGUAUAUUUAAACGU